GCAACACUGCACAGUGAACUGUUGAAUUUUACUUAAAUUAAUGAAUUAAAGUCAUAAACACAGCACAAGAUAAUGGCAGAAGCCGCCAACGUGCGCCAAAAUCUGCAGAAUGUACCCUCGAUCUUCGAGAUAUCGGCGGCGGAGACUUUGGACAACCUGAUUUAUCCAGCGCUAAGCAAGAUCUUCGAUUACUUUGGCCUCCGGCUGGACUUUAAACUCUGGGGCAGUCUCAGGGUCCAGGAGGAGCUAUCGCCGCUGCUCACCUGGCUACUGCAGUAUCUAUACUUGCGCAACCGAGCCUCCUCCUUCGGUGAGAGCUUCUACGGGCUGCAGCGCACGGCAACAGCAACCGGGGAACUGCUGACCCGCCGCCAGCAGUUUGCAUCCGCCACACUGCUGACCCUUCUGCCCUACGUAGAGCGCAAGCUGCGCAGCCGAAGCGCCCGGCACGAGGACUCAAGCGUGUGGGAACAACGGCUGCUCAAUGGCUUUCAUGCGUUCCAUGCCGCCAAGGCGGGUCACACAUUCCUGUACCUCAUCAAGUACGCUUCCAGUCACUCGCCAAUUUUCCGUGCCCUCCGCCUCACGCUCCGCUACCCCAGUGAGCCGCCGCGGGAGGAUCAGUGGACCUACCUUGUACUAAAAAUGCUCGAAGUGCUGGCCUUUUUCCUGCAGUUUGUCCAGUGGUGGUACUCCAAUGACCAGCGUCGCAAGGUAGGCGGAACCCUACUGAACCCAGAUCCGAUGCCGCAGCAGCAGCGGGAUCUCGAUCUCCCCGAGGAAGUUAAGCAAACGAUGCCCAAGCGUGGCGAAUGUCCUGUUUGUCUGCUGCCUCUGCAAACACCAACAGCCUGUUCUGUCUCCGGGUAUGUCUUCUGCUGGAAAUGCAUCGUGAGUUACAUGAAGGAGCAUGGGCAUUGUCCCGUCACACGCCACCCCAUUACACUGGAGGAUCUGGUGCGCAUCUACGAGACGUAGUGCCUUAGGUUACCAUAAGUAUUUUGUUGGUUUUGUAUUUUUUAAGACAGUUUUUCCAAUACAAAUGUGAUAAAAGAAA